AUAUCUUUCUCCCUAUCUUUUGCAAGCAGUAGAGAUGGAAAGAGGGAGAAGCCGCGGUGUUGGUGCUUUCAUGGUGAAAGCCGAGAUCGACACGAGUUUGCCGUUUCGAUCCGUGAAGGAAGCUGUCAUGCUAUUUGGGGAGAAAGUCUUGGCUGGAGAGAUUGAAAAUAAACUCAAUGACAUGCGAGCGACAGCUAGCAAAAACAGGCAGACCACCUCAAGCCUUCACUCCCUAGAAAAAGAGCUGGAACAGACAAGACAAAACCUCUUUAAUGCAAGAGAAGAAAGAAAAGAAACGGUAAACUACCUCAACUCUCUCAUUCAAGAGCUAGAGAAGACAAAGAUUGAACUUCAGCAACUGAAAGCUAGACAAAGAGAAAUGCCAACUAUGGACUUGGAGAUUGAGAAAAUCAAGUUUGUAGAGAAUUCAAUGCCUAUUCUCAACCAAGUUACAGAAUUUCAGAGCAAGAAAUAUGCCAAGUUCAACAAUCCACCAUCUUCAGGGCGGUUCUUGAGCUCUGAACAUCUCCUUUCAGAUAGGAAAGUUUCCAUGGAUAGGGAAGUAUCGGAAAUGAGGAAGAAGAAGAAGAAUAAGAGGGCAUUGCUUCCUAUGAUAGCUUCUAUGUUUUCUAAUAAGAAAGGUUGCAGAUAUUAAGGGUCAAUGACAAUCUCACCAAGUAAAAGGAUCAGCUCAGAGAUUUGAUUCAUGUUUCUGAAGCAAGAAAAAAUAAUCAUGUUUAUGUUUUCAUCUUAUAAUGUGUAUCUAAGCUAAAUUUUCUGUUUGUAAGAGAA